ACCUUCUGUCCAUGCUCUAUGACCUCCUCCAUCUGCAGAGCCAGGACCUGGGCAGGAGAUGCCGUGACCCCCACCCUCACGGCUCUGCUCUGCCUUGGGCUGAGUCUGGGCCCCGGGAUCCGAGGGCAGCAAGGGACCCUCCCCAAGCCCACCCUGUGGGCUGAGCCAGGAUCUGUGAUCACCUGGGGGAGGCCAGUGACCCUCUGGUGUGAGGGGACCCUGGAGACCGAGGAGUACCAUCUGGAGAAAGAUGGAAGCUCAGUGCCCUGGGACAGACAGAUCCCACAGAAGACCAGGAACAAGACCAAGUUCCCCAUCCCAACCGUGACAUAGCACCAUGCAGGGCGAUAUCAAUGCUACUAUCACAGCCCUGCUGGCUGGUCAGAGCACAGUGACCCCCUGGAGCUGGUGGUGACAGGAUCCUACAUCAAAACCUGGCUCUCAGCCCUGCCCAGCCCUGUGGUGACCUCAGGAGGGAACGUGACCCUCCAGUGUGGCUCAGGGCUGGAAUAUGGCAGGUUUGUUCUCACUAAGGAAGGAGGACACAAGCUCACCUGGACCCUGGACUCACAGCUGACCCCAGGGAGGUGGCUCAGCCUGUUCUCCCUGGACCCCGUGACCCACACCCACGGGGGCACCUACAGGUGCUACGGCUCCUCCAGCCACAAUGGCUUCCUGUGGUCACAGCCCAGCAACCCCCUGGAGCUCCAGGUCACAGGUGUGGACAGGCAACCCUCCCUCACAGCCCAGCCCGGCUCGCUGCUGCUCUCUGGGGACAGCGUGACCCUCCAGUGUCACUCGGGGUCCAGCUUCGACAGAUUUGCUCUGGUCAAGGACUCAGAGCCCACAGUGCCCCCGCACCUUGAUGGGCAGCACAGUCCCGUCUUCCCCCUGGGCCCCGUGGGUCACUCCCAGGGGGGCAGAUACAGAUGCUAUGGGGGACACAGCCUCUCCUCCACGUGGUCAGCCCCCAGCGCUCCCCUGGACAUCCUGGUAGCAGGAAUGUACCAGAAACCUUCCCUGAGGGCCCACCCAGGGCCAUCAGUGGCCUGGGGGCAGAAUGUGACCCUGCAGUGUCUUUCUGAGGUCGGGCUUGACACCUUCCUCCUGUCCAAGGAGGGGUCAGGGGCUCCUCCCCAGCGCCGCCCCGGGCAGAAGAGGACUGCGCCUUCUCAAGCCAGCUUCUCGCUGAGUGCUGUGACCUUGGUCCACGGGGGCACCUACAGGUGCUACGGCUCAAACAGUGACCACCCCUACCUGCUGUCCCAGCCCAGUGAGCCCCUGGAGCUCGUGGUGGCAGGCUCCCCUGCCCAGGAUUACACAGUGGGGAACCUCAUCCGGAUGGCCAUGGCUGCCUUGGUCCUGGUGGUCCUCGGGAUCCUGCUGUUUCAGGCUCAGUAUGACCAGAGAGACCCAAGAUGCAGCCAGGAGGUGAACAGCAGAGAACAGGCAGCACCCAGAGUGCAGAGUGGGAGAUGAAGGACCAUCCAGAGGUCUGCAGACCACCUGGCUCAGCUGGGGCUGCACCCUGAGCCUGUCCUGGCAGCAAAGGUGGCUGGGUCAGGACGGCUGGGUGCUGGCUGCACAGUCUUCCCCACAGUGCUGUGAGCACACAGGGCUGGCCCACCGCUCUCUGCAGCCCUCCAGGAGCCUGUCCCCCUCGGGGGCUGUCUGUGCAGCUUCCCUGAA